AUUGUGGUAUGGUAUACCAUGUUCAUGGUUCAUGGUAACGUUGGUGUCAAUCAGUGGUCUUGUCAUGUAUGCUUACUACAACAAUGACGAAACUGGGAGAGGUGAACCAAAUUACACAAAAUCUGAUCAGAUCUUGAUAUUCUUUGUGAGUCAAGAGUUUGGAAAGAUUCCAGGAAUCCAAGGCCUCUUUAUCGCCGCGCUGUAUGCAGGAACGAUCAGCACAGUGACUUCUGGGUUGAAUUCACUCGCUGCUGUGACUCUUGUUGACAUCGUCAAACCGUGGAGGAGGUGGAGGUCAAGUCGUGUAGGGGAGGUCGUUGAGCAUGAAGAGACGGCUGAGCAAGACUAUCUAGAUACAAGACUCUCAAAAAUAUACACGGUUAUUUAUGGUGGUAUCACGAUUGGGCUUGCUUUCGUCGCCACGAAGUUGGGAUCAUUGAUUCAGAUGACAAACUCCGUACUAGGACCAAUAGGUGGACCCAUUGUCGGUGUCUUCUCACUUGGUAUGCUCUACAAGAGAGCAAAUUCUGGAGGAGCCAUUGCCGGUCUUAUCGUCGGAUCUAUUAUUGGAAUAGGAUUGUCUGUUGGAUCGGCCAUUGACUCUGAUUUAUGGAUCUUGAAGAUAUCGUUUAUGUGGUAUAGCAUGAUAUCGUGUAUUACAACGAUAAUCAUUGGGAUCCCGACCAGUGAGAUUAUACGUCUGUUCAGUGAAAAAGAGAGAAAUCGUCAGGUUGACCCGCUUUUGUUGGCUCCUUUCCUUCGUCCGAAGUCCCUGAACACACUUCCUAGCGGCGGCUCGUUUGAGUUGGAUGUGAAAGAUGAGAAGUAUGAAUCAGAAGAAAAUACCAACAUUUCAGAGAAUUAGGAAAAGGGAAAGAGUGAUUAUAAAAAUGACUAGUGGAACAAUCGUCAGCACCCUUGUAAAUGUUUUCAGACUUUAGGGAAGAGUUUGGAGCCCUUCGGACAUUGUCUUGAAGAAACAACUGAACAAAGGGUUUGUUACAUUGUGAUUUAAAAAAAAAAGAACAAUAAACAUAUCAUGAACGUCUACUGUGCGUAGACACAAAUGAACAGUGAAGAUGAUGUCUUCCACUUGUGUAAUAAGAAGGUAAAUGGUGACAUUUUCAUAUAUUGACAGUUGAUAUGGUAAUUAUAAAUUUGUGUUUUGUAAAAUGUUGUUUAUCAUGUAAACAUUUAUGUACCAUGCACACCUUGCAUUAUCCGAGAGUGGUUAUUGUACAGUGAGACAUGUCGAAAAAUAUCUCAAAGCUGAUCUUGAAUGUUUUGUUGCCUUCUGGAACUGAGUUGUCCCUGUACAAAACAUAUGAACAAUAAAAAAAUUUGCGUUUUUGUUUCAAAUUUAUAAUUAUUCAAGUACCUGUUAUUCAUGAAUUCUUAUACGUUAUAUCAUUAAUUUACGUUAAUUUGGUUGAACCUCUAGUAAGAACAGGGCCAUUAUAUCAAUGGCAUUGAAUCUAUCCGUAUCUUUUUAAGAUUUAUUUCAUGUAAAUACUCGCAUUUAUAUUCAUUAUUUUUGUACACUGUACAUUGCUUUCAUGUUUAAUGGUAAGUAAAACCAAACCAAAGCAGAAAAUGGGUGCUCAUAUUUUUGGUGUCUGACAAGGUGCUUUUUGGUAUAUGCACCAUGCGUUUCCUUUUUAUUUUACAUUUGCCAUGUUUACAUAAUAUUAAUUCUACGAGCAUAAGUAUACUAAGGUUUUGUUGUUCAUGUAGUUCGGUGAUCAUAAUGUAUUCGUAAAUAAACAAAAUUUUGAUGUACAUAAGCCAUUUAUUCCUUCCUUAUAAAUCACCAUUUCAAAUAUUCCCAUUGAGCCUUGAUUUACGGACAUGCAUUGUCCGAUUUCUUUCCUAGUUUAGCUAUUAUACAUUCUCUACACAUUACGUGUUUCUUUUCAUGUCCAUCCUCUACCCCCCCCCCCCCGGUCCACCUUCCCUCCCUCUACUCUUCCAUGGUACUUCUAUUCUUAGAUCUUCCUUUCUACCCUUUCCCUAUUACUUUCUACUACUCUCCAUCUAUCUUCUCUUUUCUCAACUACUCUCCUCAUUACCCCCUCACCUUCUCCACCCCCUCCCCCUCUCUCUCCAAGUCCAGUCAUUUUUUUCUGCUCACCUCUUUCUUUAUUUCUCAUGUACAUAUCCAUAUUGUUCCAGUUCUAUCUACAUGAUGAUGUAUUUGUGUAUAAAUCAAUAUAUCACAAUUUACAAUAACAUUUCAUGAUUUUUAUUUCAAUAAUUAUCAGUAUAAAAAGUCAUAUACAUAACAAGUUACUAAAGUAUUACAUCGGAAAUUACACAUAUAUAUAAACAAUCAAACACUUAACCCGUUUCUGCAAACGAAAAAUGUCCAUCCCAUUACAACAAUAAAAAAUAACAUAAUAAAGAGGUUUCCACUAAACAUUCAAUAUCUAAUCUAAAUCAAUGAAUGCCGUUUCAUCACUCAACAACCCAGACAUACAGAGACAAAAGCAUGAGAGAAAAAAGGACCCCAAUAACAUUUUAAAUUCUGUUAAAAAAAAAAAAAAAAACACUUAUAAGAAAAAAAAUAAAUUAUUAAAAAAUUCUUUAUCUACCAAA